AUGUCACAUUCAUCAUCCCCCCGCUGGGGCAUCAUCGGUUGUGGCCGCAUUUCAUGGGAUUUUGUAAGCUCCAUCAAGUCGUUAAACAAUGUCGUUGUGCAAGCCUGCGCUGCUCGCUCUCUGGCCGAUGCCCAGACUUUUGCCAAUAACUUCGGUAUCACUCAAGCCUACGAUUCAUACGAGGCACUUGUGUCCGAUGCCAACGUCGACGUCGUGUACAUUGGUACACUUCACCCAUGGCAUUAUGAGCACACAGUAUUGGCUUUAAAUCACGGCAAACAUGUGCUAGUUGAGAAGCCUAUGGCUAUGAAUGCUAUCCAAGCAUCAGCUGCCAUUGCACUUGCUCGCGAGAAGAAACUUUUCCUUCUAGAAGGAAUGUGGACUCGUUUUUUUCCUGCAAUUCGCUAUGUACGCCAAUUAUUGAAUAACAAAGAAAUUGGAGAUGUGCAUCACGUGCAUGCAGCUUUUGGUGUGCCUUUUGGCAAAGAUAAUGCUCGAAUUUGGCACAAUGAACUUGGCGGUGGAGGUCUCUUGGAUAUUGGUAUUUAUCCAUUGGCAUUUGCUACUAUGGUGUUUGGUACGAAACCUGAGAAAAUUACAUCGGCUGGGAAGCGAAAUGAUGGAGGAGUCGACAUUUACAGCACAGUGACACUUGAGUAUAGUGACUCUCGUUUUGCUACUAUUGAAUACACAAUGUUGGCUAAAUUGGAUGAGUCAGUGACAAUAACGGGAAGUAAAGGACGCAUUUGUCUACCAGCUGCUGCACACACGGCUACGGAGGUACAAAUGAUCAAGUAUUUUGAAGACGGUACACAGAAGGAAACCAAGUCACUCUUUCCAUGGCCAAUGCCUGCUGCUGGAGUUACGUUUAUACAUUUAGGCUCAGAAGGUCUUCGUUAUGAAGCGGAAGCUGUUAUUCAUGCAAUUCAGAAGAAGGAAUUAGAGAGCAACGAAUACUCACUGGACGAAUCGCUUGGGAUCAUGACCAUCAUGGACAAAAUUCGCAAGGAUUUAGGUGUCGUUUACCCUGCUGACACUCAGUAA